AGUAGUAAUGUAGGUGGCGAAGGACUGCCGGCUACAUGUCCUGAAACCAACAGCAGUAGCCCAAAUGAAAUCGUGACUCCAAGCCCGGGAACCAGCAAGCCAAAUGAAAGUACUGAAGAGCUUGCGGCUGCAAGCCCUGGAAGCAGCAAGCCAAAUGAAGGUGGCGAAGAACUAGAAGCUGUUAACUCUAGCACCACCAGCAUAAGGCCAAAUAAAAGUAGCGAUAAACUCACCGCUGCAUGUCCUGACACCAACAGCAGUAGGUCAGAUGAAAGUACCAAAGAAAUCGCGGUUGAAAGCCCUGGAGCCAACAAGAAGGACCCUGGAUCUGAGAAUAAAGACCCCAAUUCAGGAUCUGGACUCCAAUCCACUGAUCCAACCUCUGAAUCCAGCAGAUCAGGUCCUAGCAAGUUUUAUAGACCUCCACCCAUGCGCGCUAGACAGCAAAAACAGAAUGAAGCUUGUCUCGGGAUCACUAAUGCACUUGUCCCUACUGUGCCAACGUUCGAGCAAUUUAUACUUCAGCAAGUUAAAGAAAAGAAGAGAAUAGUACCAUUCGCCAAAGAAACCAAUUACCCAAAUGCAUCUAGCUUAAUUAGCCGUGCUAACCAAAGCCUAAAUCGUAAUGAACAUCCUCAAAGAAAACGCCAGCAAAACACCUAUGUCCGGGACAUGUCCUGCAACAUUUUGGCAGAAAUAGCCCGGUCUGAAAGUGUUAUUAUACUAGAGAAGAUUAAUCGUCAAAAGGAAAGUUUCAAGAAACUUAUCGAUUCACCGCCUGAUGAUCGAAAUCGAGACGUAUUCGCUUUAGUGUUUGAACUGGUUACAAACGUAUGGAAAUCUUCUUUCGAAGAGUCAAAGAAACUGCUGCUUUUGGAAAUAUGCAACACUAAAUUCAUUGAUAAUUUACAAUUGUACUUAAUGCAAUUGCCUUACACAGAAAGCCGUAGAGAUAAACUUUUUAACAAACAUUACUGGACUAAGGAAAAAGAAUAUUGGAACAACUUUAUGACCUUUUGUGAGUGUCUCAUAAAUGUGUCGCCGUCAACUGCUGUUAGAAAAUGCGGAGCUCUGAUCGAAGCUACUAGCAAGAGUUGCCUUGAUGGUUUAAAAGAAAAGCAUGACUUUGAGUUACCAGAAGAAUAUACUACUAGAAUGAUCAAUAUACGGGACAGACUGAAAAAACAGGCACAAAUUCAGAAAAAAAAGGAUACCAGCGCUACAAACGAACCGUUUGAGAGUUUCCGUGAGCUGAGCGUGCUGCCCUCGGGCUCGGAGCUGCUGGAGCGGCGGCCGUUCCUGCGGCCCAACGUCGUGGAGGGCGCGUACGCGGACGUGGAGCACUACCUGGACGUGCAAUUCCGGCUGCUGCGCGAGGACUGCUUCGGACCGCUCAGGGAAGGGAUACAUCAAUAUAUCGAGGACCCGAAGAAAAGAAAAUAUGACCACAUUCGAGUAUACCGAAAUGUGAAAUUUUUGGGACCAUUUUUCACAAAACAACAAUUUGGAUCUCUCAUAUUACUGGAUCAAUACACUGAAAAGAUGUUCAAGAAGAUGAAUUGGAAGCAAAGCAAGAGAUUUUUAUUUGGAUCUCUCCUGUUGUUCACAAAGGAUAAUUGCAAGAGCUUUCUUGUUGGAACUAUUUUGCAACGCGACGAAGAACUUUUAAGCAAAAGAAUUCUCGGUGUUAGCAUAAUUGAUUCCACAAUGGAGUCCGACUUGUACAAUGAAGACUUGUACACCAUGAUAGAAUGCGAAGUUUACUUUGAGCCGUACCACCACGUGCUAAAGGCACUUCAGGACCCCAGCUUUCCUGAGCACCUGGCGAUGAGCAAAUACAUUGUCGACGUGCAGAAAGUGCCCGAAAAUCCAGCGUACCUCACUCGGGAUACCGUAUAUACUUUAAACAAAAAAAAACGUCGGAAGAUUACUCGUACUAAACGGAGUCCUUUCAGACGUUUCGGAAAAAAAUAUCGAUCCGAGUUUUCAUCUUCAUCUGAAGAUGAAGAUGAAUGGUUCUACCCAGACAGAGGAUAUAUAGAAGAGUAUAAAAAGGAAAUAAAAUUCAAAGUCCUUCAGGAUGAAACUUGGCCAUCUGAGACAGAGCUGGGCUUGAAUAACACCCAAUAUGAAGCGUACAAACUCGCCCUCACCCAUGAGUUCGCCGUGAUCCAAGGCCCGCCAGGCACUGGCAAAACAUUCCUCGGGGUCAAAGUUGCUAAGACUCUAAUUGAAAAUUCCCCAUAUUCCGAUGAUGAAUGUUUAAUGCUUGUCAUAUGCUACACAAAUCACGCAUUGGAUCAAUUUUUAGAGGCUUUGUUGCCUAUUACAGAUUCUAUUGUUCGCAUCGGUGGAAGAUCACAGAGCCAGCUCUUGGAAAAGCAUAACCUAAGUAAUUUCAGACGAUGGGCUUGCUACGAUGAAAGAGCCGAUCUCGAGUAUUGUAUUCACAACCUAAAAAACUUUUACGAAGCUUGUAUAUCUCCUGACAUUUUAUUAAACGACACUACUGUUGCUAAUUACGCCAAAGAGUGUGAAAUCGUUCAUAGAUUUUACAAAGGAAAAGUAGGAAAAUACGAUGAUGCUUUGAAACAUUGGCUGUUCGGAAACGUAGAAAAUGUUGAAAUUAUUCCACAUUUAGAAGAUCAUGUUCAAAAUAACGCAAAAGAAAAGUUACAUGAAAAUAACGAUGUGGAUAACGAUAUCUACGCCAGGGAUGAAUCGGGCUUAGAUGAUGGUGACAUUGAUGAAGUCUUGAUAAAGAUUGAUGAAGACAAUAGUAAAUUGUAUGGGAGUUUAUUAAUAUCUUUCUCAUUGCCAAUAGCAGAAGAGCAGAAGAACAUGCUCAUGAAAAAGUACCACGAAACUUUACGGUUUCAGCACAACUUAGAAGGGGAGAACCAGGAAGAGGGCACGAAUAAUGGUGACAUGGCAGCACGAAUUACGGCCACAUUGCAAGAUUUACAACAUAAGAUAUUUCAACUGCACUCGCAGAUAAAUAUUUUCAAGGAUAUGACGAUAUGCCAGUCGCGUGCACCCAGAAUAAACCUCGCAAAUGUGAAGGAUUUAUCUACAGUUUCACUUAUAGAACGUUGGUCAUAUUACUAUAAAUGGGCCACCAUCGCCAAGGGUUACCUGAAGAAACAGGCCAAAAAAAGAGAGGAGGUGGUCAAAUCUUCUGCAGAAGCUUACGAAGAAGCUCGAAUGAUAGCUGACCGUUCACUUUUAAGAGGGACUCGGGUUAUUGGUAUGACCACAAGCGCAGCGGCGAGAUUGCGAAAAUUACUGGUUGAAGUGUCACCACCAAUAGUGAUCGUGGAAGAAGCAGCGGAGGUUUUAGAAGCACACAUAGUCACGUCUCUCACGAAACAUUGCAAGCACUUGAUUCUAAUUGGGGACCACCAGCAGCUGCGGCCGUCGGCGGCGUACCUGCGUCUGGCGCGGCACUACCAGCUGGAGGUGUCGCUGUUCGAGCGCAUGAUCCGCAACGGCGUGCACAGCCGCCGGCUCGGCGUGCAGCACCGCAUGCGGCCCGAGAUCGCGGCGCUCGUCUCGCCGCACAUCUACCCCGACUUGCAGAACCACCGCUCCGUCGAGGACUUCCCGCCCGUGCGUGGCGUCGCGCACAAUCUAUUCUUCUUUUCGCACAACUAUAUGGAACAGCACGAAGAUGAGAACUCUAGUCGCACUAACACCCUGGAAGCAGACUUUACGCUCCGUCUGGCAAAUUAUUUGAUGCAGCAAGGAUACACGCCUGAUGAAGUUACUAUUGUAGCUGCCUAUUCUGGCCAGAUGUUUUACAUGCGAAGACAACGGUCACUGUACGAUCAUCUGUCAGACGUGAAGAUCACAGUCCUGGACAACUACCAGGGCGAGGAGUCGAAGAUAAUCCUGCUGUCGCUGGUGCGCAACAACGACAACGACAGCAUCGGCUUCCUGGGCACCGAGAACAGGAUCUGCGUCGCCUUGUCCAGGGCCAGGGAAGGCUUCUUUAUACUUGGCAACAUCGAGUUGCUGAAGAGGAAUUCCACUCUUUGGACCAAUAUAGCUCAGACUCUGGCAGAUAACGGAUCGUUGGGGUCAAGUUUGAAACUCAAAUGCCCGAACCACGGACAAAUAACUGAGAUUACAUCGCUGGAAGAUUUUGUAAAGGUGCCCGAAGGCGGCUGCCUACUGGACUGUAAAUACAACCUGCGGUGCGGCCAUCCUUGUCCGCGAAUGUGCCAUGCCUACGAUAUAGCUCAUGACGAGAUAUAUUGUACUAGAGACUGCGAAAGGAAAAUCUGUGAAAUCGAAGGCCACACGUGCCCAUCCAGCUGCAGUGAAAAAUGUCAGCCAUGCAAGCGUUACAUGGACAAGCAGCUACCGUGCGGGCACACCAGAGCCGUGCCGUGCCAUAUGGCACCAGACGACCCGGCCGUCUACUGCGCGGAAACGGUUACGGUCUCGCUGCCUGGCUGUGAACAUAAGGCAACCAAACCAUGUUCUAUGAGGAUAUCGGACGUAGAUUGUGAAGAAAAGUGUGAGGGCGGACGGCUCAGCUGCGGCCACGCCUGCAUCCGUAGAUGCCACGUGAACGACGAUCCUGAUCACGAAAAUUACAAAUGCGAAAAACCUUGCCCGAGAGCGAAGGAAGGCUGCACAGCAAAUUUGGAAGGCGAUCUUGGUGAUCACCAAUGUCCACUAUCGUGUGGUGAACCUUGCCUUCCAUGUGAUGUUCAGGUUAACAGGAAGAGGUCUGGUUGCAAACAUUGGAAACGAGGGGCCUGCUGCGAAGAUGUGAAUGCAGAUCCUUGUCGCGAGAAGUGCGCGCGUUCGAUGCCCUGCGGCCACCACUGCAAGAAGCUGUGCUUCGAGAAAUGCGGGGAUUGCAAGCAAAAGGUGAAGAAAACGAUACCCGACUGCAAUCAUGAGAUACAGAUCGAGUGCGAAACAGAGCCGACUCGCGAACUUUGCAAAGAGAAAUGUGAACGCACCAUGACUUGCGGUCACUCGUGCCCGGCGAACUGCCGCAAGCCGUGUGACCCGGCCGCGUGCAUGGAGGCCACGGAGCAUAGCUCCGAGGCGCCUUGCGGUCACAUCGUCCAGCUGCCGUGUUAUGUGUAUCAAGCUAAGCAAGCAGGGUCUAUGCUGGAUGCGAAGCUACUCUCUGCGUGCACGGCGCCGUGUGGCGCGCUGCUCCGCUGCGGGCACUCGUGCGGCGGCUCGUGCGCCGGCUGUCUCCAGGGCCGCCUGCACCGGCCCUGCGCCGCGCGCUGCCACCAGCUCAACAUCUGCGGACACAGGUGCGAGGAGCCGUGCAACCAGGUGUGCCCGCCGUGCCGCCGCAAGUGCGAGGUCAGGUGUCCGCAUUCAACAUGCGGCAAGUCGUGCGGCGCACCCUGCACGCCUUGCACGGAAACAUGCGGACGGGCGUGCGAGCAUUCCGCGUGUAGACGCGCAUGCGGCGCGCCGUGCUCGCGCGCACCUUGCUCCGAGGCGUGCCCGCUCGCGCUGGCGUGCGGGCACCCGUGCCGCGGGCUCUGCGGCGAGCCCUGCCCGCCGGCCUGCCGCCUCUGCGACCCCGAGGGCUUCCCCACCGACCUGCUUGGCGACCCCUACGAAGAUGACGCCAAGCUAAUUCAGCUACAGGACUGUCCUCACAUCUUGGACGUUGACACGUUGGAUACUUUAAUGAAGGGCGAGGAUGAAACCAUUCAAAUUAAGACAUGUCCGUUUUGUCGCGAACCUAUUAUCAAUACAUACCGAUACAAAGACCUGGUAAAUAAAAUGCUAAAAAACGACAUCAACCCCAUAAAAGAGAAGGUUUAUGGAACGGAAGCGCAAAGGUCAAAAAAGCGAGUCGAGCUUUAUAAGAAAGUUAAAGAUCUAGGAGAAACUCAAAAAAUAACCAAAGAAAACGUGUAUUGGAACACUGCGUAUAAUGCCUUACAUCAUGUUAUUGGAGGCAAAAAUAAAGAUCUCUCUGUUCUACAUCUCGACAUGUACCACAUCUACAUCGACAUACUCGCUGAUAUUGGGGACUAUUACACCAAAUACGUUGCCGAAAAUUUAACUGAACUAAAAACUGAAAUGCAAGACCAGGUAAAAAUGAUCUGUGAAGCUCUGGUCGCGAGUAAACAGAAGAUAAGCCAACAGCAGCAGGUAGACAUCGGACAAGAGAUGAAGCGUGUGAAUUCCAUCGUUCAGCUGGCUAAGAUUCUUCAAUUGAGCAAGAAUACAACCAAUGCCGAGGUGCUGGCGAUAGCUAAAACUGCUAAAGAAGCUGUUUUGACCUGGAGUGCGUAUGACGAAGAAAAAGCUGUGGAAUGUCUGAAGAAGCUUGAGGAAGUUGUUAAAUUAUCGGGCAUAGCUAGCAUGGAGGAGCGCGCGAUGAUAGUGAGCGCGAUAGGUUUGAAGGCGGGGCACUGGUACAAGUGUCCCAACGGGCACUUCUACUGUAUCGGCGAGUGCGGCGGCGCCAUGCAGCUGUCCCAGUGUCCGGAGUGUGGCGCGGCGAUCGGCGGGCAGCGCCACACGCUGACCGCGGGCAAUCAACACGCCGGCGAAAUGGACGGCUCGCGCUUCGCCGCUUGGUCUACGCAUGCCAAUAACAUGGCCAAUUUUCAAUUAAAUUAGUUAUUUUUUUU